CUCCACAUCUCUGGAUCUUUCUCUUCCACUCCUCUGUUAAUCUCUGAGCGCGUUCUCCCGUCUGUCCAUCUGUUUGUUCUCUCAGUGAUUGACGCCAUGAGUUCCAAGCUGUGGACGGAGGAGCAGUUCAACUGCCCGGUGUGUCUGGACCUGCCCAAUGAUCCCGUCACCAUCCCCUGCGGCCACAGCUACUGCAUGGGCUGCAUCAAGGACUACUGGAGCAAGGAUGACCCCAAAGGGAUCUACAGCUGCCCCCAGUGCCGCCAGACCUUCUGCCCCAAGCCCUCCCUGUCCAGGAACACCAUGCUGGCUGAGGCUGUGGAGCAGCUCCGCAAAGGAGCCCUCGCGUCUGAGGUACGGGAGUCCAUGCGAAAAGCCCACGGAGGCGCCUCGUCUAGAUCCAAAGGGAAGAUGUCCUCCUCUGCUGUGCCGUGCGACAUGUGCAAAGGAGAACAGCGGGCGGCGGUGAAGAGCUGCCUGGUGUGUAUGAGCUCCUUCUGUGAAGCCCACCUGAAGCCCCACCAGACCAAGAAGGCCCUGAAGGAGCACGAGCUCAUCGCGCCUACAGGGAACCUGGCUGACAAGAUCUGCACCCAGCACAAGUACCUGCAGGAGUUCUUCUGUCGCCAGUGCAAGAUGUUCAUCUGCUGGCUGUGCACCAGCAACCAGCACAAAGGCCACGAGUGUGUGUCCACCAAGGCUGAGCGGCUGGAGAGACAGAAAGUGCUGUCAGAGAUGCAGGCAGAGAACCAGCAGAAGCUGAGAGACAGAGAGCAGGAGCUGAAGGACAUGAAGAAGAUGAUGGAGGGGAUGAAGCGUUCUGCAGACCGGGUCCACGACGACGCGGAGCAGGUUCUGUCGGAGCUGCGGCGCUCGGUGGAGCGUCUGCAGGAGCUGCUGGAGGAGGUUCUGGAUCAGGCCAACCUGGAGAAGAUGGGCCAGGCCCAGGAGGUGACCGACAACCUGGUGGCUGAGAUCAAGGAGCUGAAGAGGAGGGACACCGAGAUGAAGGACCUGGUGCGCUGUGAGGACCACAUCCACUACCUGCAGACAUGCGAGUCCAUGUGCAGCCCUCUGGAGUCUGGCGACCUGCCCACUGUGCAGGUCAACCACGAAGCCUCUUUUGAGCCUGUGCGAGACGCCAUCUUGGACCUGAGGGAGAAAGUGGAGGAUCUUUGCAACCAGGAGCUCGGCAAGAUCACCAAACAAGUCAAUGACACAACACUGUUCACUUUGGGGGACGCCAACCGGAGCGGAGGACACAAAGGAGGGAUUUUUAAAUUGUUUUCCGGUCUGGGUUCCCGCAACACCAACAGCCGUUCAGCAGCUUCAAUACCCAGCAUCUCGAUCGGAGGGCGCAGCACGGACAGACGAGGAAUCGGCCUCAGAAGUCAAGACGUGAGGAGCAGAGACACGCCGCGAGACAGAGGAAACACGAGCUCACCCAGACAGCGGGACAGACAGAGGAGAGACGAGAGGGAGACAGUGAGGGAGACCAACCACAGGCCGAGCCCCAGACCGAGCCCCACUCCCAGCCGCAGGGAGUCCCAGUCCCCGUGGAGCAGGGCCAGUCAGAGCCAGCCUGCCCCAGCCGUGACUCCCAGUCCAGUCCCAGUCAGCCCACCUCCUGCUCCUACACCUGCUCCAGCAUCCACCGGAGGUUUCAGUCGGAUGGCGUCCAUCAGCAGCAUCUUCCGCUCCCAUCGCCGCGGUGCCACGCCGGCGACCCCAGUUGCCCCAACCGAUAACACACCGCCUGCAGGAGGAAGCCCAUGGGGGAUGGCUGCUCUGCCUGAAACACCAACACAGAUUAACCCCGGCCUCUUCUUGGACACGCCCACCCCAGACGCCAUGAAUCACGCUCCUGCCUUCCCUGCAUUGAGAGAAAUCAACCUCGACAGCAUCCAGGCCCCCGAGCCGAGAGCCAGAGAAGAGUUCCUGCAGUACUCUGUGAACUUGACCCUUGAUGAUAACACAGCCCACAGACGGCUGGCUCUCUCUGAGGGCAACACUAAAGCCACCCUGCAGGGGGCAGCGCAGCCUUACCCCGACACCCCGCAGCGCUUCGACGGCUGGACCCAGGUGAUGUGCCAGAGCCCGCUGUACGCCCAGCGCUGCUACUGGGAGGUGGAGUGGAGGGGCCGCGGCUCCUCCAUGGGCGUCGCCUACGGGGCCCUGAGCAGGAAGGGCUCGGACGCCCGGUCGGGGCUCGGCUACAACGCCCAGUCCUGGACCCUGGAGCUGUCGGACACCUGCUGCUCGGCCAUGCACGACAACGAGAAGAGGGACAUACCGGUCACCUACUCCCCCCGUCUGGGCAUCUACCUGGACCUGUCGGCGGGGACGCUCUCGUUCUACAGCGUGGCGGACAACAUGACACACCUCCACACCUUCCGCGCCAACUUCACCCAGCCGCUUUACGCCACCUUCGGGGUCGGGAGCGGAGUCGGGGUGGGUCUGGACUUUGCUCUCGGCCAGUUCACUUCAAGUUCUGACAGCAUCAAGAUCUGUCCCAUGUGAGGACUGAUGGACAAUGUUGUCAGGACACACUGACUGGAAGUUUUUAUAAAGUCUAGUUGCAUCUGAUUUCAUGAAUUUAAAUGCACUUAGUCAAAGCAGACCAAAAUGGCCUUGUUUAUGUACAACUCUAGAGAUGAUUCAUUUUUGAUCCUUAAAUUUAAGCAAAGAUCCCCAGUAGCUGUAUCCUCGUAGCUUUAGUCAUGUACAAUUGACACCUGAAUGUAAACUCCCCCCAACCUCCAUUCCUGUUUGUUCUCUCCAACAUUUGGAUCAAACUUUUCUGCAUCAAGUCACAAUAAACCAGAGACGUGUAUUAUA